AUGCCUAGCUUUGCACUCCAUCAGCCCCCAGGACGUGAGCUCACUGGCGGUGAUAUACUCGCACAGUCCCUCAAACACCUCGGCGUCGAGGUUAUCUUUGGGCUUCAUGGUGGUCAUCUAGAUGCAUUUCUAAUGGGGUGCGAAGCUAUCGGUAUUCGGCUAGUUGAUACCAGACAUGAGACUGUAGCUGUUCAAGCAGCAGAAGGCUACUCUCGUGCAAGCACGAAACCGGCAGUCAGUUUUGUGACUGCGAACAGUGGCUUUUCGAACGGACUUCCCGGCUUAGCGACAGCAUAUGGUGACCGGAGCCCAAUUCUUUGUAUAACUUCCUCUCCUCCGAUUCGCGACACCGAGAACAAUUCUCUUCAAGGCUCAAUCGAUCAGGUUGUUGCAGCUCGACCUUUCACCAAAUUCGCCCAUCGUGUAGUUGCAGCCGAAGAAACUCCACGCCUUGUAUCCCAUGCUCUUCGAGUCGCUCAAUCUGGAGCACCAGGUCCUGUUCUCCUUGACUUUCCGAUCGAUAUUCUUUUCUCGCCGGUUCAUUCGAAAUUAAUCUCUUGGGGUUCAAUCGCCUCGCCGCGCUCUUUUCCUCCGGCUCCGCAUGAAGCUGCAAUUGAAGCUGCAGCUGAGCUUUUAGCCCAGGCCGAGCGACCUGCGAUUAUUACUGGAACUGGUGCAAGGAGCCCCCCAGGUGAUCACCGUCUUCUAAUUCUGGCACGCAAGGACCUUAUCAAGUUUGCUGAAUCUUGCAAUGUCCCGAUUUUCAAUACCUCCAAGUUCGCAAGCUAUAGUCCUCAAUCUAGAAUGCUUGCUAAUGGGACUGCGGGAACACUGGCGAAGCUCCCUUUUGUGCAACUCGCGCGUCCAGAUCUUAUUAUUUUGCUUGGUACUCGGACUGGAAUGUUCCUUGGGGGUCGCAGCUCUGCUAUUAUCCCCGAAGAAAACUGUAAGCUUAUUCACAUCGACUGCGAUGGAAGUGACAUCGGUCGAACCCUGCCAGUUGACCUUGGUAUCGUGAGUGAUGCUGGGACUUUCGCUUCCGCGCUUUCGAAGAAAGUUGGAGAGUCCUUUCAAAGUAGUGUGGACAGAUCGUGGGUCCGGGCUGUACUCGACUUGGCUUCUGCGGAGUCACCAUUUGAGAAAGAAGCCGAGGAAACAAGCUCCGGUCGUCUGCAUCCAUACCACGCCGUGAAAAAUGUCAUUUCGGCCCUCGAGCCGGGCAGUAUCAUUGUUCUGGAUGGUGGCGAGGCAUCAGCUUGGGUGGGUGAUAAUGCGUGGCGAUCCAAGCCAAGCCUGGUGAUGACAGCAACAGGAUACCUCGGUUUCCUUGGGAAUGGUUUUGGAUAUUCACUCGGCUUGGCGAUCGCUGCCCCAGAGCGAAAAGUAGUUAACGUGCAAGGUGAUGGAUCUGCUGGGUUCCAUCUAAUGGAGCUCGACACAUACAAGCGCUUCAACCUCAACAUCAUGACUGUCGUGGUAAACAAUUUCCAAUGGGGAAUGAGUAUCAAUGGGCAGGACUUGGUAUAUGGGACGGAACAUCCAGCACGACCUGUCAGUUCUCUCAGUUCUGGAACCGAAUAUGACGUCGUAGCUACUGGAUUGCAAAAUGCGGCUGCAAAAUUAGCCCGCAUCACGGAUAUCCAAAGCACAGUCUCGAAGCUCCAAUCCCAGCCAGGGCCGAGUUGUAUUAAUCUACUUGUGGAUCACAAGCCGGUCCAUCCAAUUACGACUGCAAUGGUUGGGCUUACGGAUGAUCCAAAUUAUGUGGUCGUCCCAUACUAUGAUAAUAUACCUCGGGCGCACUAUAAGAUCUAA